AUCAGUAAGAUCUAUCUAGUAGUCUGUGUUGCCGUGCUGUUCCCUUAGCACCAUCAUUAUGCUAUCCGUAGCAUCCAUAGACGGGGGUUUAUUUACUGGGAAGCGAAACUAUCGCCUAGAGUGUACGGUGUGCUCCGAUCCGGUUGGCCGUCAGAUAAACUUUUCCGUCGUUCCAUUCUUUUUUUUUUGUUGUUGUACAUUUUGAUCCCACUUUUGACCGUUCCAACAUCGAGCGAUCGAAAUAACCAAAUUGAGUGCGUGCGUGACGAACGAAACCGGCCCGGAAUGAUCAGUGAACUGCGAGUAUCGCGUGCGGACACCUCAUCCUCGACCUCGUGCUCUACACAGGACAUAUCGUACUCGAAUUUGUCCCUCCAGCCGAAACGAUGCAUCAGCUACAUGACGAUGCAAACGCUGCACGAUAUGCGGCUCAGCGAGACGCUUUGCGAUGCGUCGAUCGUACUGCCCGACAAUGGUCAAGAGUUUCGCGUGCAUCGCGUCAUCGUGGGAUCGUGCAGCGAGUACUUCCGAAUCCUGUUUACGACGUCCGUACCGAGCGAAAAGUAUCAUCUGGAGAUACCGGGCAUACCGAGCUCCAUCAUGGAGCAGAUCAUCCGGUACGCCUAUCUGCGCGAGUGCGAGCUAACCGAGGACACCGUGUUUGAUGUGUACGCGGCGGCCGAUUUUUUGCUCAUGAACAGCCUUACCGAGCACUGUUCCGCGUACAUACUGGACCGGUUGCGGCUGGACAACUGCGUAACGAUAAUGCUGUUUGGCAGACAACGGGCGUCCAAAACGCUGCACGAUGCGGCCCGAAUGUUUAUUCUGAAGAACUUCCCCCAGUUGGCUCAAGCGGCCACCAACGAAAAUGAGUUGCUGCAGCUCGAUCUGGACGACGUUUGCCAACUGCUGGCCGACGAUCUGUUGAAUGUGCGCGAAGAGGACACGGUGUGGGAAUUUGUACUACGAUGGAUCGAUCAUGACCCAUCCAAGCGAAGCAAACACAUCUACCGAUUGAUGAAAACGGUUCGCUUUGGGCUGUUGAACACGGAGUAUUUCCUGGAUAAGGUGAAGGAAAACCAGUACGUGCUGGCGAGCGACGAGACAAAACCGUUGGUGAUUGAAGCCUUGACGUUUCUGUACGAUCUGGAGAUGAUCAGCACCAAAGCUAUGAAGGAGAUGAAAACGCCAGCGAUCGCCACACCACGAUUGCCGCACGAAGUGAUAUUCACGGUCGGUGGUUGGGGCGAAGGUCAGUCGCAGUCCAUCAUCGAAACGUACGACACGAGAGCCGAUCGGUGGAUAAAGAUUCCCAGCGAGGACCCGGCCGGACCGAGGGCGUACUACGGUGCAGCGUACAUCGACCGGUAUCUCUACGUUGUCGGAGGGUACGAUGGAGUGGAGCACUUCAACACGUGCCGCCGGUACGACAUGGUAACGAAGGACUGGCAGGAGAUCGCACCGAUGCACUGCAAGCGGUGCUACGUUAGUGUGGUCGCCCUGGACGGCAUGAUCUACGCGAUGGGCGGCUACAACGGUGCCAAUCGGCAUAACUCGGUCGAACGGUACGAUCCACGGACCAACCAAUGGACGCUGAUCGCACCGAUGGGUUCCUUGCGGUCGGACGCCGACGCUUGCACGCUGAACGGCAUGAUCUACAUUGCCGGCGGGUUCAACGGGCACGAGUGUCUCAACACUGCCGAGAUGUACGACCCGCAAACGAACAGCUGGUCACCGCUCCCUCCGAUGUUGCAUCGCCGGUCGGGUGUGUCCUGUGCGGCGCUCGGUGGUUCGGUGUACGUGGUCGGCGGCUUCAACGGGCUUAUCCGGUUGAAUAGCUGCGAACGAUACGAUCUGGCCGCGAGACGCUGGACCGCCUGCAAGGAGAUGUACCACCAGCGGAGCAACUUUGGGCUGGAGGUGAUCGACGACAUGCUGUUCGCGAUCGGUGGCUACGACGGUGUGAGCGCGAUCGCGUACGUGGAAUGCUACAGUGCGGAAGCAAACGAGUGGCUCGAAGCGACCGAUCUGAGCAUGUUGCGAUCCGCCUUCCGGGCCGUCACCGUAUCGGGGCUGCCGAACAUCCAGGACUACGUGCAUUCGAACAAGGAAAAUCUGAUCAACGAAAUGAAUGUGCAUCGGCAUGGCAAUGCAGGCGUAAGGUCCACGUCCGGUAGUGAUGCCGAGGAUGAGCUGGACUAGCCUGACCGGGACAACGGCGGCACGGGCACACGAUCGUCAGGUGGGAAUUAGUUUUUCAAAUUAAUCGUGACCAAAUUUAACGGCACAGAUGUACUGUCGUUGGAGGACUCUUUCCAAAUUAUUUCCAAGUGAGAUUGAAGAGUGUGCUUUAGGAGAGAUUGGGGAUAUUCGUGUCCUUGUGACCGUGAUUUAUAUUUUAAAAGGUUUACUUCAAAUUAAAAUUGUACAACGUGAAGUUAAUGUAUAAUGCACACAUUUGUUUGUGGUUAGGUCACUAUUUAACAAGGA